AUGAAGAUUGGCACGCACUGUGGCAACUUCCAUUGCGAUGAAGCUCUGGCCAUCUCCAUUUUGAAGCUGUUACCCGAGUACAGAGACGCCACCAUUGUGCGCACUCGUGACCUUGCCGUGUUAAACACGUGCGACGUUGUCGUUGACGUCGGGGGCGUCUACGACCCGCAGAAGGGGAGAUUUGACCACCACCAGGGGUCAUUCGACGAGUACUUCGACGAAAACCACCGGGUAACUCGGCUGAGUUCGGCAGGCCUAGUGUACAAACACUUCGCCAAGCGCGUUUUCAGAGAGGUGUACCAUGUCACCGACGAGGAGAACCUGAACGACAUGUACCUGUCCAUCUACGACAACCUAAUACAGUCCAUUGACGCAGUUGAUACCGGUGUGGCAAUCGCAGAAGGGCGGCUCAGGUACGAGGUCAACACUAGCCUGCCCUCGAGGGUGGGUCGCCUGAAUCCCACAUGGGUCGAGCCAGACGCUGACGUUAACGAGCGCUUUCAGCAGGCAAUGAAAGUGACGCUGGAGGAGUUCGACUUUUUCGUCCGCAAUUACAUUGACGUGCACCUAGUCGCUAAGCAAAAGUUCGUACAGGUCUACCAGCAGCGGUUCCAGACCCACACCUCGGGGCUCGUGGUCGAGACUCCGAGGGGCAUGCCUUUCUUCCGUUUUCUGUAUCAAUUGGAGGACAAGGAGGGAACACCAACUGAUGAGCGCGUGGCGUUCUACGUCAAUUACGAGAGUGCGACUGGACAGUGGAGAAGUAGCUGUAUCAGCGAGCGCGGGCAACAGUUCACCUGCAGGAGGCCCUUCCCCGAGAGGCUCGCCGGUCUCACCAACCAGGAGUUGGAGAAGGCCUCGGGCAUACCGGGCCUCACCUUCAUUCACCGCGGCAGGUUCACCUGUGGUGGCCUGACCAAGGAGGCUGUGCUCAAGCUCAUCACGCUUACCCUUCAAGAGAGCUGA